AUGAAGGGAGGAACAAUACAGAUAAAUUGGCACGACGGGAAGCCUGUGCUUACCCUUGAUUUUCACCCGAUCUCCGGUUUACUUGCCACCGCCGGAGCCGAUUACGAUAUCAAGCUAUGGUUAAUAAACUCUGGUCAAGCGGAGAAGAAGCUUCCCAGUGUGUCUUACCAGAGCAGCCUUACUUACCAUGGAUGUGCUGUGAAUACCAUUCGUUUUUCUCGGUCUGGAGAACUACUUGCCUCAGGAGCAGACGGAGGCGAGCUUAUCAUAUGGAAGUUGCAUCCUAGUGAAACAAAUCUGUCCUGGAAAGUUCACAAGUCAUUAUCAUUUCAUCGAAAGGAUGUCCUGGAUCUUCAGUGGUCUCCUGAUGAUUCCUAUCUGAUUUCUGGCUCAGUGGACAACUCUUGCAUUAUAUGGGACGUUAACAAAGGUUCUGUCCAUCAGAUACUGGAUGCCCACUGCCAUUAUGUUCAAGGUGUUGCUUGGGACCCCUUAGCAAAAUACGUUGCCUCUCUUAGUUCAGACAGGACUUGCCGGAUUUAUGUCAACAAGCCUCAAACAAAGAGUAGGAAUGGUGAAAAAAUGAACUACAUUUGUCAGCAUGUUAUCAUGAAAGCAGAUCAGCAACGGGGUGAAGACACUAAGACAGUAAAAACCCAUCUCUUUCAUGAUGAGACAUUGCCAUCUUUCUUCCGAAGAUUGUCAUGGUCACCUGAUGGAUCGUUUUUACUCAUUCCAGCAGGUUCCUUCAAGCUUUCACCUACAUCCGAAGCUAUAAAUGCUACCUAUGUCUUCUCUAGGAAGGACCUUUCAAGACCUGCUCUGCAGCUUCCAGGUGCCAGCAAACCAGUUGUAGUUGUUCGUUUUUGCCCUGUUGCAUUCAAACUCCGAGGUUCAAAUUCGGAAGAAGGUUUCUUCAAGCUCCCUUACCGUCUUGUCUUUGCCAUAGCAACUUUAAAUUCGGUGUACAUAUAUGACACGGAGUGUGUUGCUCCAAUCGCAGUCUUAGCAGGUCUCCACUACGCUGCAAUAACGGAUAUAACAUGGUCACCUAAUGCCUCGUAUCUGGCACUGUCCUCACAAGAUGGCUAUUGCACACUAGUUGAAUUUGAAGAUAACGAACUAGGAGAACCUGUCUCCAUCUCAGUCGGAAAGAAACCCGUGGAUAGUGAGGAGAAAAGGCAUGUUUUCCAGAGAACCGACGAGCUGGUGACCGAAACAAGAGCAGGCGAGAGCAAUAAACAGGCUGAAUCAGAACAAGACCAAGAGAAAAAACAGCCACUGCCGAGCAAAGUUACCACGGAGAAAACCGAUGUAGUGAUGACGGAAACAAGACCAGAGAUAGAGAAACAGGCAUUGCAGAGCAAACCUAAAACACCUGUCUCAAAUAAACCGGCGAGGAAGCGCAUCACACCGAUGGCUAUUGACCCCUAG